AUGGAUGAGGAUUUUGAUAUUCCUGCGGCCGACGAGAUGAACGACGAUUUCGACCUCCCAGACGCGAGUCCGAUCAUGAAGGUCGGUGAAGAGAAGGAGAUCGGGAAGCAAGGUUUGAAGAAGAAGCUUGUGAAGAAUGGUGAAGCUUGGGACACUCCUGAUAAUGGCGAUGAAGUUGAAGUUCAUUACACUGGAACUUUACUUGAUGGGACUCAGUUUGAUUCGAGUCGAGAUAGGGGUACUCCGUUCAAGUUCACUCUCGGUCAAGGACAAGUAAUUAAGGGAUGGGACGAGGGUAUUAAGACAAUGAAGAAGGGAGAAAAUGCCAUUUUCACUAUUCCACCAGAGCUUGCCUAUGGUGAAUCUGGUUCUCCCCCAACCAUUCCCCCAAAUGCAACUCUCAAAUUUGAUGUAGAGUUGCUAUCCUGGGUCAGCAUCAAAGACAUCUGCAAGGAUGGUGGAAUAUUCAAGAAGAUACUUGCUAAGGGAGAGAAGUGGGAGAAUCCUAAGGAUCCUGAUGAAGUUUUAGUGAAGUAUGAAGCUCGGCUCGAGGAUGGAACCUCGAUUGUGAAGUCAGAUGGAGUAGAGUUCACCGUGAAAGAGGGAUAUUUCUGCCCUGCUCUUGCUAAAGCUGUAAAGACAAUGAAGAAAGGAGAGAAGGUUCUUCUAACAGUGAAGCCACAAUAUGGGUUUGGGGAGAAGGGCAAGCCAGCAUCAGGUGAUGAGGGUGGUGUCCCCCCAAAUGCAAUGUUGCAGAUAACUCUUGAGUUGGUGUCAUGGAAGACUGUGACUGAAGUAAAAGAUGAUAAGGUCAUUAAGAAGAUCUUGAAGGAAGGGGAGGGAUAUGAUCGCCCGAAUGACGGAGCGGCUGUGAAAUUGAAAUUGAUUGGUAAGUUGCAAGAUGGUACCAUCUUCCUUAAGAAGGGUCAUGACAAUGAUGAAGAGUUGUUUGAGUUCAAGACAGAUGAAGAGCAAGUCAUUGAGGGGCUCGACAUAGCAGUGAUGACAAUGAAGAAGGGAGAGAUAGCAUUGCUGACUGUUGCACCGGAAUAUGCCUUUGGAUCAUCCGAGUCACAUCAGGAACUGGCCGUGGUUCCUCCAAACUCAUAUGUUUUCUAUGAAGUCGAGCUUGUCUCCUUUGACAAGGAGAAGGAAUCUUGGGAUAUGAACACCCAGGAGAAAAUUGAAGCUGCUGGUGAGAAGAAGGAAGAAGGAAAUACACUGUUCAAGGCGGGUAAAUAUGCUAGAGCCUCGAAGAGAUAUGAGAAGGCUGCGAAGUACAUUGAGUAUGAUUCUUCCUAUAGUGAAGAGGAGAAGAAGCAGGCCAAAGUAUUAAAGGUCACUUGCAAUCUUAACAAUGCAGCUUGUCAGCUGAAGUUAAAGGAAUACAAGCAAGCAGAGAAGCUGUGUACGAAGGUGUUAGAACUUGAGAGUAAGAAUGUGAAAGCACUCUACAGGAGGGCUCAGGCCUACAUCAACUUGGCGGAUUUGGAUUUGGCCGAGCUUGAUAUCAAGAAAGCUCUUGAAAUAGACCCCAACAAUAGGGACGUGAAAUUGGAAUAUAAAGCGUUGAAGGAGAAGUUGAAGGAAUACAAUAAAAAGGAAGCCAAGUUUUAUGGCAACAUGUUUGCUAAAUUGAACAAGUUGGAGUCAGUUGAGCCUAAUAAAGGAGCUACUAAGGAAGCAGAGUCCGUGAGCAUAGAUAGCAAAGCAUAAUGAUAUGAGUAAACCCCUGGUUUUAUGGUUUCUACUCUACUGUUUCUCAUUUAUUUGUUGAACUAGUUGGUCUUCGGCAGAGAUAAGAUGUUGUAAUGGAUUUCUCUGUUGGGGAUUUGCUGACGGAAAAAUUGUAGUGCUAAACUAUGAUAAAUGAGAAUUGCUCAAAUACAUUUUAAACCUUUUAGUUAUUGGGUUUCACUAUAUA